AUGGGUAGUAGUAGCGGCAGCGGUGGCAGCAACCGUAAAAGCAAUGGCGACAGGGGCGGUGCGAGAGCGCAACGAAGGAGCCCCUUGGAUCAUGCCUUGCUCCCCGACAGCGGUGUUCACGCGCGCAUCACGUCAGCACACAGCCUCCCACGAGCUCGAGAAACUUCCGUGACAGCCACAGGUCGCAGCUCCUCGUCGUCGCAAGACGCUCCGUUGACGAGAGGGAAUCCUGCGGCGACAUCAGGCGAAAAGUCGCCCCCACAUCCCACCACUGCACGCUUCGUCAUCUCGGACAGUACUCCCUUCCUCUCCGCAGAGUCGUCAGUGCCGGCCGAAGCGGCAGUGCAUGACGUUCGGGACACGGCCGAGUACCGUGCGGCAUGGGACUUGGAGUUGUGGAAGGCUGUGCAAGCGGACCGCUUCCGCAAAGAGCUUGAAAAACAAAGGAGCUCUGCGUUUGCAGAUCUCAAGCGACUUGUGAAGCGACGGGAGAAGGAGGCGUUGAUGGCGCUGCAGCAGCGCACCGCGGCAGUGACGCUUCGCGAAGAGGCGGUGCAGGCAGAAGAGACACGCUUGGCGGAGCGGCAGGGGCGUGUGGCUGACAUGGAGAAGGACGUGCGGCGCAUGCGGCAGCAGCUGCUCGACGCCCAGCAACGUGUUGAGGAUGAAGUGCGGGCCCAGGUGCGACUAGCCAACGACACCAUUGCUCACCGUGCGCGACUUCUGGAAGAAAGGGUGAAGGCAGCGGAAGCGCAGACGCGGCGUGCCGACGAGCGACAGCGGCAGGCGCAGCAGGAGUACUUGUCCCUCUAUGAGGCUUUCAGUCGAUACCGCACGCAGCAGCUGACGUCCCCCACCCCCGGUAGCGGAGGCAUCACGGCCACUGCAGGAGGUGGGACUGCAUCCUCAUCUCUUCAGGUGGAGCAGCUGCGCCUUCAGUGGGAGGCCGAGCACCAGUUGCAGCUAGACAGACAAACGCAGCGGCAUGCGUUAGACAUGGCUGUCGCUCAGCAGCGGUGCCGUGAACUAGAGGACCAGAACAGAAGACUGACUGCCGCACUAGUACGUCGACGGGAGCAGCUUCGCCGUCACGUAGGAGACGCCUCGCCGCCAUCUCUACCGACAUCAGUUUCCCAGCGCCAGUUACCUCAGGCAGGCCGUGAGGGUCGUGAGGUGGCGUCGGGCAGUGGAACCGCUGCUCUGCCAUCUUCCACCUCGUCCUUCGCGGCUGGGGCUGCGGCUACUGCGCUGCUUACACCGACACACACCACAGCAGCCCAUUGCGAUUUCGUGGAGCACACCGGCCGCGAGCUUCAGCGCCUGGAGACAGAGCGGUUGUCGCUGGUGGUGGGGAGCAGCGGCGCGUUGCGUGAGACGGACGCAGUGAUUGUGCGAAUUGAUGCCCGCAUUCGCGAGUUACGAGAGCAGCUCGCUGUUGUCACGAGUACGGCAUGA